CGUGACUCCUGCGCGUCCCCGCGGCUCCUCCAGGCUCGUCCACGAGGAUCCGCAAACAUGGAACUUUCUUUUGCAGGGAAACGAGCUCUGGUGACCGGAGCAGGAAAAGGGAUCGGCAGGGCGACGGCCGUCUCUCUGGCCUCCAGGGGGGCAAAGGUCAUCGCUGUGACGAGGACGCAGGAGGAUCUGGACAGUCUGGUGGAAGAGGUUCCGUCCAUCACUCCGGUCCUGCUGGACCUGGGGGACUGGGGGGCCACGGACCGGGCCCUGCGGGACCUCGGCCCCGUGGACCUGCUGGUCAACAACGCGGCUACCGCUAACCUGCAGCCGUUCCUGGAGGUCGACCCGGACUCUUUUGACCAGUUGUUCAGUGUGAAUGUGAAGGCUGUUCUUCACGUGUCUCAGAUUGUUGCUCGUGGGAUGAAGGCCAGAGCUUCAGGAGGAUCCAUCGUCAACGUGUCCAGCCAGGCGUCUCAGCGGGCGCUUAAGGACCACACGGUUUACUGUGAUCUUAUUUCCCCGUCAGGCGCCACCAAAGCCGCCCUGGACAUGCUGACCAAGAUGAUGGCGCUGGAGCUGGGACCGUACCAGAUCCGCGUCAACAGCGUCAACCCCACCGUGGUUCUGACAGACAUGGGUCGUCUGGGCUGGAGUGACCCAGAAAAGUCCCGGACCAUGAAGACCCGGAUCCCGCUGGGCCGCUUCGCUGAAGUGGACGACGUCGUCAACAGCAUCUUGUUCCUGCUGAGCGACCAGAGCAGCAUGACGACCGGAGCUCUGCUGCCGGUGGACGGAGGGUUCCUGGCCUGCUGAACAACCGCCGGGAAUCUAACCAGGAACCUGAAGAAGAACCGGGAAUCUAACCAGGAACCUGAAGAACCGCCGGGAAUCUAACCCCCCACCGGGAACCUGGCGAAGAACCAGGAACCUGAAGAAGAACCGGGUC